ACAGACAUGCAGCCAGCUGUUAGAGACCGACUUCAUCCCGCAGGUGGCAGCAACAUGCAAGGGAGGCCACAUGCACAUCCGAGUCAACUUCAAUGGUAGCUUCACUGGAGCAGUCCAUGCCAGGGACUACAGAACGCCGGCCUGCAUGCGGAACGGAGAUGGUUCCAGGCAGGUGCAGCUUGAAAUCAAUUUGCUCGCGCAGCCUGGUGCUCCUGACUACUGCGGGUUGCUUGUGAACAAUCGGACAGAAGAGCGCUCAGUCCCGAUCGCCGUUCGGAUCCACCGAACCCUUGAGCUGGCAGACGACAAGUUUUAUGUGAUCACGUGCGGUAAGGCCGGCUUCAGAAACGCCAGGAACGAAACCUCCCUCGUAUCCCUACGACUGCUCGACGGAGAACGAAAAACGACAGAGGCCGUCUAUCACAGGCCGUACACGUUAAGGACCGAGAUAUCCAGGCCAGACGGCGCUUAUGGCUUCAGGGUGAAGAAUUGUUUUGCAUUCAACAAGCAAAACAGUAGUGUUCUGUUGGUAGACGACAGGGGAUGCCCCGCGGACGAAAAUAUACUGGGUCCUUUCCGAUACGACGAGAUUAGAGGAGUAGCAGAUGCUCCACUAUUUUCGAUGUUCAGGUUUCCUGAUGGCUCCGAGGUUCAUUUUCAGUGUGAUGUAGGGCUUUGCAAAGGCCCUUGCGUCCACCCCUCAUGUACAAGCAGUGAUCUCCGACUACCUCUCUCAGACGACCAAGGGCUUCUAAUGGCAGCAACCAGUGCUUUUGUUGUAGAUCCUGGAGAAGCUCCUCUCACAUCAGAGCUAUGUGAAGGUGGCGUGCAUCCCCAAUGGUUGUUAUGGCUGGCCAUCGCGUUGGGAAUCCUCUUCUUGUUGAUGUUGAUCGUCAAUGUGUUCCUGUGUUCAGCAAUGACGUGUGCCUGUGCCAGAACGGAGGUAAUCGAAAAAGAGCCGAGUAUAAUCGAAGACUACGAUCCAUACCGAAGCUGGCAUGGGAGUCAGUACGGAUCUAGAUAUUCCCUAAAUGGAGCUCCUCAGCACCCAAAAGGCUACACCUCCGGAGGUAGCACCAUGAACAGUACCAGAUCAGUAUCUUCCCAUAGCGAUCACUAUGCCAUCGUGCAUUCCAGGCCUGGCAGUAGGGGCUACAGCAAGCAUUCUAGGGGGCCCCCUUCGCACAUGGGCAGCCAUUAUAGCGGAAAAUAGACAUCACCAGCUCAAAGAAGAAAGAGAAUAAAUAUGGUGCAAAUGUGAAUGAUUGUGUAUGGAUGAGAUUUAGUUAUUAAGUGUACAGAAGUACAAAGUGGUAGUGUUGGUUUUGCGACAAUGAAAUUGGGUGGUCAGAUGUUGUGUACAGCGCCUUUGAGUCAGGUUAGCCAGUUGAAAUACGGGAUGAUAGAAUUUUAACGUCAAGUUAAUCGAAAAUUUCAAAAUUGCGGCUGGGAUCCAUCUUAGAACAUUUUUUUUUUAAUUGAAUGGAGGGCGAUGUGGAACGCCAUUUUGAAGCUGUGUAACAGUACAGUGCCGUGUAAUACAAAGUUCUCCAUCUUUUCACAUGUUCUGCAGGUUAAAUUGUUGGAUUUGAGGAGAAAGAAAGAUGCAGCGUCUUCAAAGAACAUGAAUGACACCUCCAUACCAAACACCGCAUCGAACUGUGAGUCGACGAGGAUGUAGUGGUCGUUGAUGGAUGACACGAGAGUUCUCUAAUGCACAGAUACGACAAUUCUGCUUAUUAACAAAUCCGAUCAUAUCGAAUUGGGCUUCAUCGCUCAUGAUCAGUUGUCGGUAAAAAUAGUUAUUUUGGGUAUUGCAUGAUCACUAGGCUGUAGUUCUUGGGUCAACUGAAUUUUGUGUGGCCGCAAAUGCAAGUCUCUUUUUAGAAUAGUGCACAAUGAUCUACGACGAUUACACAGUUCUUGAGAGCGAUGUCUGGUAGACGUCUCAGGGCGCUUCAUUACAUUUUCACGAACUCUCUCGAUAUUUUCCGGAAUACGAACACGGCCCGACCUUGGCAAGUCUUCAACUUCGCCUGUUUAUUCAAAUUUCCGCAUCAACUGACGAAUGGUACACUGGGCACAUUAUUUAGACCGAAAUCUUGUAGCUUCCGAAUCGUGGCAGCAAUCGACUCAUCAUUUAAGUAAAACGUACUGAAAUGCAUGUACCAAAAAUGGCGCGCAAUUUAAAUCAGUCAGUUACAUAUAUUCGCUACCGUGUAUUUAAUAAUUAUCUGACCACUACUUUUAUGUCCAAUCCAUCUGUAUCUUGAUUUGUUGUUGUCAGUUUUCUUGGUUGAACCAGCUUUGGUGGAUCUGCUAAGUAUCUGAGUGUGUUACCAUAAAGUUGUCUUCCAGAAAAUGGUAUAGCUUACUUUUUCACAUUCUCAGUCAAGUAACUUUAUUAAUUAAACUAAAGUGCAAUUAGAAGAAUAGUCAACUAUAAAAAUAGUAGAAAAUAAACUUAAAUUUACUGGUACCUACCCUAAAUAAAGUGUGCUGAUAAAAUAGUCAAAACGGAAAUGCACUUUUAUAGGUCUGAUGAGUUGUUAAACAAGUUGAAACGUAAAUCACUUAUUUAUGCAUUUAUGUUUUUAUUAGUAAUACAGACAAAAUAAGAUAAACGUGCAAAAUCCCCUGAGUAAUCGGUAGCUUCCAGAACAAAAUCUAGAUGUUGAUUCCAUUAAAAAUUGUUUUAUAUGAGGAGUCUCCUAGACUUUCAUUAAUUUGUCCAAGGCAUCACUUUUACCUAAGACAUUUGGGUGCUUCCCAGGCUACAAUGAAGCUUCCUUGUUCUCAAAGUUAUCUCAUUGCUAAAGGAUUAUGAAUUCAGCGUUUCCAUUGUUGUUGACUACAAGGUACAAGUCAAAAUUUAGACCAAUGGUUGCAACAUUAUGCACGUACGGUGGCACUAUCUUCUAAUCUGAGGUACAAAAACGUCAUCUGUUUCACAUACGAAAUGGUAUGUUUUUUUUCCAUAACUAAUGUGAUAAAAAAUAAAAAACAUUGACUAAUAUAUAUGAAUUAACGUAUUAGGUGCGGAAAUUGAAACUUCUAUUUGAGUGGAAUGCCUGUUGUAAUAUUAAUUAAUUAUGGAUUAUGUAAAUUUGAUAAUGAAGUAUUUAAUGUUAAUCAUUAUUUAAGUUUUUUUAGAAUAAACAUUGUAAAUUGAACUGAUUUGUAAAACAUAUUGUGUAAAUAAAAUAUCUACUAGAACAGUUAAA